AUGAGUAAACAAAAGAAGUUGGAUUUCUUUUUAAAAAAUCCAAAUACUAGUGUUAUUACUACUGCUGAGGAACCAACACCAUCAACGAGUGAUGUCACAUCUUCGUUGGAACCAAAACCGAAGAAACCGAAAAUUCGUAAGUUCGAUCCCUCAUACCUAGGAUUCGGAUUUACAUAUAAAGAUGAUUGCCCUCAAUGCGUUAUUUGCUCGGAAAUUUUAACUAAUAGUUCUAUGGCUCCAGCAAAACUUCUAAGACAUUUGGAAACAAAACACCAGCAGUAUAAGAGUAAGUCAAUCGAUUUUUUUAAAAGAAAAGAGAGUGAAUUGAAAGCUCAGAAGACACUAAUUCGAAAUACGGGAGCUGAAAAUGUGUUAGCCCUUAAAGCGUCAUUUUUGAUAUCACUUCGCAUUGCAAAAUCAAAAAAAAAUUUUACCAUAGAAGAAGACUUAAUUAUGCCUUGCAUGGUCGAUGCCAACCUUACACUUUUUGGAGAUAAAUCUGCUAAAAAAAUAAAAACAAUACCUCUUUCUAAUGAUACAGUUUCAAAUCGCAUAACUAUGAUGAGCGAUGAUGUUCAUCAGCAACUUAUAAGAAAAAUAAAAAGGUCAAAGCUCUAUGCUCUUCAAUUAGAUGAGUCGACUGAUAUUACUGAUAAAGCACUGCUACUUAUUUAUACUCGGUAUGUGGACUGGGACGAAAAAGAAAUCAAAGAAAAAUUCUUGAACUGCUUGGAACUGAAGAAACAUACAACUGGCGCUGAAAUUUUUUCUGCAUUGUCUGAUUGUUUCUUAAGUACAGAUUUAAAGAUGUCAGACUGUAUCUCAAUUUGUACUGAUGGCGCGGCUAAUAUGACUGGUAGGCAUCCAGGACUAGUCGCAAAAAUGAAACAAGUAGCUCCAAAUAUACAAAGCACACAUUGUAUGAUACACCGAGAAAUGUUCGCAAGUAAAAGAAUGAGUGCCGAGUUUAAUCAAGUACUAACAACAGCUGUCAAAACAGUAAAUUUUAUUAAGUCCAGCUCUCUUAAUUCACGACUGCUUGCAAUGUUGUGUGAUGAAAUGGGAUCCGCACAUAGAACGCUAUUAUUGCAUGCGGAAGUUCGCUGGCUUUCGAGAGGUCGGAUAUUAAAAAGACUGUGUGAACUUAGAGAAGAAAUAAUAAUAUUUUUAUCAAGCAAAAAUUGUGACCUGGUUCAGUACUUCAAAGACAUAGAUUGGAACAUGAAAUUAUGUUAUCUUGCAGACAUAUUUCAACUUUUGAAUGAGCCUAACCUGUCUCUUCAAGGAACACAGAAAACCAUGUUUCACAGUUACAGUAAAAUAGAAGGGCAAAAGAAAAAAAUUUAA